GUUACCCACAACGUUGUGAGACUACGUCUUUUGUUUUUGUUGUUUUCAUUCAGAGACCCUAAAGCAGCAAAUGUUACAUACUCUGUGUUUCAUUGAGGAAAGUAUUAGUAGUUGGCACGCUGUUUUGGAAAGUGGGAAGUAACCCAAAUUGAGUGUUCCACUACAUUUAAUAUCACAGCUUCAAUUCCCCCUGCCACCCUAACAUCCAUGUACCCAUACAACUUAACUUAAUUCUGCUUCACAUCACACCCACAACAACAACACAUUUUGGAUUUAUUGGUGUUUUCAUUCAAUCGGCGCUGAAAGAAUGAGAACUGUCUGAGGCCCAGCACACAGUAACCUCUCAUCCAGUUUUGAAACUCGCUUGAAGUCUUUGAGACUCGAGUGUACAUCUUGUUCCCGUCCAGUGAGUGUGGGCCUGUCCAUCUGCAUGGUCUCACCUCCUUGUACAAACGUCACAGCAGCAGAAGAAGAGACGUCCCCCUCACCCCACCAGACCCUCGGCCUGCCAACUAUAGUGCUAUUAUAGUUCAAGCAAAGGCUAAUUGUUGGUCACUUACAAAGGAUUGCACAGUCCAAGUCUUCGGUCGGUAAUGCUGUCUCUUUCUACUAGGAGAAGAUGGCUCUGCUGGUGCUUAGUGCGCUCCUGUCCCUGUGCUGCUGGGUUUCUUUCUACUUCAUCUUGUGUCACAUUAACGGGUUGAGGAGCUCCGAGUGGAACUGUCGCCUUGUCACCCUGUUGCAUGGCAUCCUGGCAUGCUGCAUCACAGCAUACAUAGGCUAUGUGGAUGGACCCUGGCCUUUCACUUAUCCAGGUACUAAGAACACUCCUCUUCAGAUAAGUGCCAUGGUGGUGAGUCUGGGCUACUUUAUCUUUGAUAUGGCCUGGUGCGUGUACUUCCGCACAGAGGGACCUGUUAUGCUGGCCCACCACACCAUGAGCAUCCUGGGAAUCCUGCUCACCCUGUGGCUGGGGGAGUCUGGCAUAGAGGGCUGCGCCGUCCUCUUUGGCAGCGAAAUCACCAACCCCCUCCUGCAGGCACGCUGGUUCCUUAAACAGACAGGACGUUACGGGACGUGGCUGGGCGACGCCGUGGAUGUCCUGUUUGUGCUGCUGUUUGUGGUGAUGCGAAUCUUUGUGGGAGGCACAAUGCUGUACUGUGAGCUGAUCUCCCCAAGACCCAGAUUCUUCAUCAAGUGUGGGGGAGUGGCAAUGUAUGCUCUAUCCUGGGUGUUUAUGGUGGACAUUGUUCGGUUUGCCAUGAGGAAGAGCAAGAGCUGGCACAAACAGCAGAGAGACCAACAAGAGAUAGUGGCAGCUAACGGCCAUGAAGGAAAGAAGGACUGAUGGGCUUUUGUUUCAUUGAAUGAUGUCUGUUUUUUACUUUGGACGUGCAGGGGAAAGGACAAAGAGAAUCAACUUUUUGUAUGUAAAACUAAGAUAAAAAAAAGAUAUUUCAAACACAUAGUUUCCCAUGUCGCGAAAUAUCCUGUCUGUAAGGUCCAACGCCUGUGCAUUUUUUUUUAAGAAUAGUCCAUUUUAAUGCAGUUAUUCCAGCUGAACACGUUAGAUUUUCAUGUUAAAUGUACAGGUAGCAAACAACACAGAGGCAGUUUAUAUCACUGAAAACCAAAGCACUUUGUAUAAACACACAAACAGAUGUUGCUUUCAGUUGCAGUGAACUGUGGCCUAGUCAUAUGUGGUGGUGGUGUUGCUCCAAAGGAAAUCUCGACGUUAGGAAAGAAACUGUUUACAUGUAAUGCCCGAGGUCCUUGUGAAACUUUUUUAGUCAUAUCAGAAAGUUAGGAUUGUUUUCCAUGUAAUCCUAGGUUGUUGUAUUUUUGGCACAUGGGAAAUUUUGAGCAGAUGUGAACAGUAUACUCAGGGAGAUGAAGUCAUAACAGAGAGUAGGGGGUGAAGUCAAGAGAAAUGUGUGUGAUGUGUUUGAUUUCUUUGUUUCCUACAGUUUAUAGUAAUUCGUCCAAGGUAUUGCCUGCUGUCUGACAUCCUACUGCAGAACAAGCCCAAAAAGAUAUUUCAUUUAUUUUACUUCCCUCAUGUAAAUGGAUAUGUGGGAAGAAACCUGUCACUUAUGUAGUUCCACACUGGUAAUAUUUAUGUAAACUCUAAUUGUCUUCAAAUGUUUGGUGAACUUUUUCAGUUAUUUGAAAUGUUGGAUUUCAUUGUAUCGACUAUGUGAACACAGACCUGCAAGACUUACUUUAAUCAUUUCAGAUAAAGGCAGACAAAAGAUCUGUGCUCUGGACUGAUAGCUCCCACUUAAUUCAAUUUAAUAGAAGGAUCUUUCCGUCACAAAGAGGUCUUAUCAGGCAAGACAUGACGAUUCAAUUACAUUUAUUCUGAGUUAUCUGCACAGAGUACUAAUAUUAUGUCUGACUUAGGUAAAAAGCAUCUCUUAAACGUUUUUGAGAUGUACGUGCCCAACACACUGUUUGUCUUAAAGGAGACAUAUGAUGCUCAUUUUCAGAUUCAAAAUGGGUUACUACGGGAAUAGGUGUACAUACUUUAACAUUAAAAAAAAACAUCCAUUUUCUUAUCCUGUCCAGUGCUUAAGUUCUAUGUUCCCCCUCUGUCUGAAAUGUCCUGUUUUACCUCCUGUCUCUUUAAGGCCCCUCCACCUGAAUACCUAAUCUUUGAGUGGUCAGCUCACACAUGCCUGACCCCUAACAACAACAGAGCAGCUGGGCUAAAUCAAUUAUUACGUGCCAAACUGGCCACGAAGCAUCUGUUAAGCAAAUGUGGGACAUGGUGACGUGUGAUGUCAGAAAGUCACAGAAUCAUACACAGGACUUCUGACGUGGUGUUUCAGGAGCAGUGUUUUCUGUGGGACAGUGGAGCUCCUGUUGGUGCCAACCUUGACCUUCUUUCACUUUCAAGAUCUUUUACAUGCACACGUAUAUACACCAGGACAUGAAAAAAAUGUAAAAGCAUAAUAUGUCUCCUUUAAUAGUUGACACAAACAAACAGCACUAGAUAGCCUCUGACUUGAAACAGGAUGAAUAUCUGUGCAAUCAUGCAGAAACAUCUUUUUCUAACCCAUAUAAUGUCACAUUUCUACCUUAGUCUGUUCAAAGUCAGUGACCCACACACAACGACUUGCAGUCAAAUCCAUCAAGAUGAUAUUAUCAUAUCGAGUUAUUGGUUUUGUUAUGAAUAAUAAAUAUUUCCAAACAUACUGACAAAAAAGUUAAUAAUUGUUUUGUAUUUACAUGAGUGGAGAGCUUUGUCGAAGUUUUUGUAUUUUCGAGUGACCUAUGUUUGCCAUAAUGUGAUAUUAUUGGAAAUGUAUUUAUCUUAAUAUUAUGAUAAUAAUGUCAACCAUAUUGUCCAGACACAACCCACAAGUGCAUCAUGGGAUAAAGACAAGGCUAUGUUGUGAAAAUAUUAUGAAUUAUUACCCCCCCCAUGAAAGGAUUCGUUUCACGCUAAGAGAAUUACCAAACUUUAAUCUUCAUGCACAAACUUUAUGAUUAUGUUGUCAUUAUUAUGAUCUUGUGUGUUAUUUUAGUGCACAUUUCUGCAGCAGUGUGCUCAAACACCUGUCAUCCUGUUGUAUCCCUGUUUAUAUUUGACAGAUAUUUAAUGGGCUGCUCUCGUAUAAAGUCUGUUUACCGGGCUGCCACUGAGAAUCACCAUUAUAUCCAAGAACAUUCUAACUGGUGUGUGCCUUAGUUAUCUGAAUGUACUUUCCUAAUUCUAUGUUUGUUAAUUGUCUUGUGCCGUACUGUACAAACCCUCCAACGUGAGCGUAGGAGUUGAAGAAGGAAUGAGUGUCAGCUUGGGGUUUCAUGAUUUGCCUUUGUAAUCCCUGCGUGAAGUGAAAUAAAGAUGUGAUGGACUGUU